AUGCAGCUUCUACUGUUCCUGUUCGUGGCAGGAGCUGCCGCUGCCCCGCACGUUGGACAGAGUGGUGACGGAAGCCAGCAGUACAGAGCCCCAGAGCCUGGAGGCUACUCAUUCGGGUACAACCACGCCCACGGCGAAGGCGGUGGCGCCUCGUGGCGUAAGGAGUCUGCAGACGCCGCGGGUAACGUGAUCGGCUCGUACGGUUUCAAGGACCCCGACGGAAGGGUCAGGCUGGUCACAUACGUGGCCAACCAGGACGGCUUCCAGGCGAACGUCCAGUCGAACGAGCCUGGUUUGCCACAGCACAACCUAGGGCUCGGGGCGGGAAUCACCCAGUGGCCCAUUCCUCAAACUCAUGGCCACGGACACCAUGCCGGGGCACAUCCAAGAACAGUAGGAACGGCGACACACCAGGGGUCCUGGCCUUUCGGUGGUGGUCCUCCACUCGCUUCGGGACCUGCCGAUGUUCCCGGUGGUGCCCCGUACAGCUUCUCGUACGAUGCGAGUGCAUUUGGAGGCCCCUUCCAGCAGGAGGCGGGAGACGCCCUGGGUAACAAGAGAGGCAUUUAUGGGCUGUACGGUCGAAGAGUGAAUUACGUCGCCGAUGCGGGCGGAUUCCGCGCCAGUGUGCAGUCCAACGAGGCGGGCGUUGAUAAUUCCAAGAGUCCUGCGGACGUAGUUUUUACUGGAAGUGCUACUAGCGUCGUGCCACCUCCAUCGGCAUCUUCCGCAAGCCAGGACGAUGGAGAUUCCGGGCUCGUGUUUCCACCUCCGUACCCUGGCGGUUCUGGCGCAUCUGGCUCGGGGGCCCCCGGCUAUGGUACCGAAGACGGAACGGUCGAUGACAACGGCUUCCGAACGCCCGUCGUGUCUAAUGAGCCAGGCAUCGACGAUGCUCAGAAUCCUGCAGAUGUUGACGUCUACGGAAGAUCAGGACCAGCCGGAAUAGCCUUAGUGUUUUCCGGUCCUCCCGGUUCGGCUCCCUCUGGAGCAGCACUCAUCCCGCCAUCUAGUCUCGGUGUAGAAGGACGCAGUCUUCCUGUUGGUCCCAUUGGUGGUGGAAUUCCGGCGUCACCCGGAGCAGCGGGGCCUGCUGACAGUGGUUAUGGUCAGCAAGGCGGCGCUGGACUGUACAACUUUGCCUACGGAAACGGCCGAGCCGAAGGACCAUGGCAGCAGGAGUCUGGAGACGCUGCGGGAAACAAAGAGGGAUCGUACGGCAUCACAGUCGACGACGGUAGAUUUCGCACUGUCAAUUACGUCUCUGGGACAAACGGCUUUAGAGCCAGCGUAGACACGAACGAACCAGGAGUGGACGGCGCCCAGAGCCCCGCCGAUGUCGCCAUCAACAAGAGUCCGGAACCCGAGGGAAUAUCACCAGCAGGCGAAUCCUCGGGCCCCAAUGGCGCCAAUCAACCUACAGGUUCUAAUGGCUUUCCAGGGGUUCGAGGCCAGGUUAUUCCUGCUGCUCCUCUGCGUCCGGCGUUGAUAGGACAACCAGGAGUGUUAUUGGUUCCUGGGUCGGCCGGAUAUCCCGGUGUUCAGGGACAAGCGUUCGCCCCAGUUGGUUCAGUGGGCCCUGUCUUGUCGGGGCGGCCAGUGCUGUCCGUGGUUCCCGGGAAUUACGGAUUCAACGUCAUUCACGGUUAUCCAAGUGGCACAGGAGCACCGGGUCUUAACGUUCCAGUGUCCACUGGUAACGUAGUCCUCACCUCGCCAGGACUCGGACAUACCGGUGGCUACAGUUCCGGCUACAGUGGUGGAUCCGGAGGUGCCUUUCACCGUGAAGCCGGUGACGCUUCAGGAACAAAUAGCGGCGUGUACGGCUUCAACGGGGAGGGGGGUGGAAUCCGCACAUUGAACUACGCCGUGGAAGGCGCCAGCUUCCGAGCCAGCGAACUCAGCAACGAGCCCGGCGUCGGCCCGUCCCAGAAUCCCGCCGAUGUCUCCCUCAGCUCACCUGCAGGUGUGGCGUUGGUUCGUGCACCAGCUUCGCCAGUCCAAAACACACCGCUUGCUAGGCAUCACGUAGCUCGUGGUGGUCACUUUGCGCAGGUGCUGCUGCUCUGCCUCUUCCUGUUCCUAAGGGAAGCCAGCUGCGGAGUGAUCGAGGCACCCGCCUAUGGCACGGCCCUGGUCCCAGAGACUGGAACGUCUUCACAGUACCGCUCUCAAGAUGUUCAUGGAAACUACCAAUUCGGCUACGAAGAGAAGCACACGUCGGGCGGCUCCUUCCGCCAGGAAACCGGAGAUGCGUACGGUAACAAGUACGGCUCGUAUGGCCUCACUGACGCCGACGGUCGCGUGCGGAUCGUCAAGUACGUGGCAGACGCCAACGGUUUCCGCGUCAUAGUCAACACGAACGAACCGGGAACCGCACCCUCGACUCCCGCCGCCGCCUCCAUCAACGUCCCGCAGGAGCCCGUCGUCCCCGCGCCCGUCGCUACCGUUGCAGCAGCUCCCGUAGCAACCGUGGUCGCGGCACCGGCUCCAGUUGUCAAGACCAUCGUGCCCGCCGCUCCUGUGGUGACUGCUGCGGCAGCACCAGCCGUGGUCGCGGCGCCCCCUCCAGCAGUGAUCGCUGCUCCUGGUCCUGCCAUUGUCGCACCCCCCGCUCCCGCUGCCGUAGUAACGGCUCCAGCGACCGUAACAACAAUCAGGAGGUUUGUGCCGGCUUCGAUCUUUACCGGACCCGCAGUCGCUGCCCCGGUGUUGCAAGCCGGCCCCGCUGUGCAUCCUGUCCCCGUGUUCGGAUACCGCCGUGCCGUAUCCACAGCUCCGGUUCUGGCCACUACGGCACCGGGAGUGUCGUACUCGAGCGGAUUCGUACCGUCGCUGCCGUACGCCGGCUCUAUACCACCACCACCUGUACGGAAAGUGAUCGUCCGCAAGGUCGUUCCCGCUGGCUACGGUGCCGGAUACGGAUUGCUCCGAGGCGCGGCUACGUCGUACGGUGCACCGGCCGUGGUGCCGGCUCCGGCUGUCUUCGGGGCCAAGCUGACAGUAGGUGCGCCUGCGUACACCUACGGCGGACAAGGCGUAGUAACGAACUUCGCGGGCAAGCCUUUGGACUACUACGACCAUCUGGCCAACAAGCUCGGGGCGACUUACCUGCGACGACAGCGCCUCGGUAUCGAAGUGGAAUCUGGCAACCCUUCGGCACCGGGGCUCACCGAAAAGUGGUGCUCUGCUCGAACAUCACGGGAUCAGCUGCAGACCAUUGCGGAUACCGGACUCACGAUGAAGACCAUCAUCCUCCUCGCUGCCCUCGCGGUCGCCAAUGCCGGAUUUGUUGGCCACGCCGGAUACGGCCAUGGAUACGGCCAUGGCUACGGCCACGCUGUCGUCGCCAAGGUUGCCGAGGUCGGUAGCUCUUCUCAGCACAGGUCUCAGGAUCUUGCCGGCAACUACAACUUUGGCUACAAGGAGGGCCACACCAGCGGCGGCUCCUUUCGUCAGGAGGCCGGUGACGCCUGGGGCAACAAGGUUGGUUCCUACGGUCUGACCGACGCCGACGGUCGCGUCCGAGUUGUCAAGUACGUCGCCGAUGGCCACGGCUUCCGCGCCCACAUCUCUACCAACGAGCCCGGAACCGCUGCUUCCCACCCCGCCGCCGCCGCCUACAACGCCCGCCAUGCCGUUCAUGCAGCCGGCUAUGGAGUCGCCGCUCCCGUGGCUAAGGUCGCCGUCGCCGCCGCUGUUCCCGUGGCUGCCUACGCCCACGCUCCCUACGGAUACGGAGGCUACGGAGGCCACGGUGGUUACGGAGGCUAUGGUGGUUACGGAGGCUACGGUGGCUACGGAGGUUAUGGAGGCUACCACGGACAUGGAGGCUACGGCUACGGCCACGGUGUCGUCCACGGGGCUCACGGAGGCUAUGGUCACUUCGGUUACCACGGUUAAACCCUCGCAUCGCCUGUAUAGAGUGCUGUAGUUUCCCAAGAACUGUCCUAAACUGAGACCUCGCGCGCCUAUGUGCACCUUCUUUCUUUAGUCCUUCGUUUGUUGUGACUCUUCGUGCGUCGUCCAGCCAACUGCUGUGAUUGCUUCUUCUGUGUAUGUGCUCGCCGCGACGCAGGUGUUUCGUUCUGCUUUUGUCGAAAUGAGUGUGAUUUUCCGUCCUUCCUACUGUCGCUGCUUUGUUUGCCUGUUGUGGUGCUUUUAAUUUAUUUCCUCUCUUUGUGUGUUCUCCGCAGCC